AUGAUCCAGGAUAACGGGCGCGGCAUUCCCACAGAUCCACAUCCUAAAUUUCCUGGAAAAUCCGCCUUAGAAGUCAUUCUGACAACGCUUCACUCUGGCGGUAAGUUUUCAAAUAAGGCUUACCAAACCUCUGGGGGACUCCACGGUGUCGGGCUUUCGGUUGUUACGGCUUUAUCAGACCAUUUAGAAGUCGAAGUGGCACGAUCUCAAACAUUGUGGCGCCAAAUUUAUGCCCGUGGGGUGCCUCAAACAAAACUCGAAAAAGUGGGACAAAUCGCAAAUCGUCGGGGAACACGAAUCCGUUUUCACCCAGAUCCAGAAAUUUUUGGACAUCACCACUUUCAACCCGCAACCCUUUAUAAACUCGUCCGUUCAAAAGCAUACCUCUUUAGAGGAGUUGAAAUUCUCUGGGCUUGCCCUGAAAGCCUUUUAAAUGAGGGAGAAGCAACGCCGACAAAAGAAACCAUUCACUUUCCUGGAGGUCUUAAUGACUUCCUAACAGAAGUCACCAAAGAUGCCGAAACGGUGACACAAUCUUCUUUUUCCGGGCGCGCAGAUUUUAUCGACUCGGUUGGAUGGGUUGAAUGGGCGAUGACUUGGCCUUUGUCUUCAGGACAAAGCUUUCUCCAUACCUAUUGUAAUACGGUUCCAACACCUCUCGGUGGCUCCCAUGAAACAGGCUUUCGAGCAGCGCUACUUAAAGGGCUAAAGUCCUACGCAGAAAUGGCAGGACGUAAAAAGCUCCCUCUCCUGACAGCCGACGACAUCUUAGGCGAUGCUGCUGGGCUUCUCUCUGUAUUCGUUCAAGACCCCACCUUCCAGGGACAAACCAAAGAAAAGCUCGUUUCUCAUGGUGUUUCCAAGCCGGUUGAAACCAUUGUCAAAGACCAUUUUGAACACUGGUUAACAGCCCAUAAACCUCAAGCAGAAGCCUUGCUAGACUAUGUUGUUGAACGAGCGGAGGAACGUCUUAGCCGAAAACGCACAAAAGAAACCCAACGUCAAAGUGCCACAAGGCGCCUGAGACUCCCUGGAAAACUUGCAGACUGUUCCACAACGAAAACAGAACUCAGUGAAAUUUUCCUUGUGGAAGGGGAUUCCGCGGGAGGAUCUGCAAAACAGGCACGAGAUCGUGUCACGCAAGCGAUUCUCCCUCUUCGUGGAAAAAUUUUGAACGUAGCAAGCGCCAGUAUAGACAAACGCUUAAACAACCAAGGCCUUUCCGAUAUGGAUCAAGCUUUGGGAUGUGGAACCCGUAAGGACUGCGAUCUUUCAAAACUUCGUUAUGGACGUGUGAUUAUCAUGACAGAUGCCGAUGUAGACGGCGCGCACAUUGCAGCCCUCUUGAUCACAUACUUUUUCCAAGAAAUGCGCUCCUUAAUCGAACACGGUCAUCUCUACCUUGCUCAACCUCCUCUUUAUCGUCUCUCUAAAGGAACAAAAUCUUUUUAUGCACGCAAUGAUGAGCAUAAAGAUCAAAUUCUACAGAAAGAAUUUAAAGGCUCUGAAAAUGUUGAUAUUUCUCGCUUUAAAGGCUUGGGAGAAAUGUCAUGGAAACAGCUGAAAGAAACCACAAUGGAUCCAACAAAGCGCAUUCUUUUACGCGUUUCACUUGCUGUCCCGACAGAAGAUCUAUCCACCGUCACACCAACACAACUCGUGGAUGAUUUGAUGGGAAAAUCCCCAGAAAAGCGUUUUGCAUUCAUUCAGGAAAAUGCUGCUUUUGCUUCAGACUUAGAUGUUUAG